UCUCUCGAGGAGAAUCAGCUCGAAAAUAAUGCCAACCUUCCUGUUUAGCAGUUAUCGCUUCUUGUCACUGCCUAUCGCCACAGUGCUAUCAUAAUGAUAUGUAUGGGCAUGGACUCUAGUGGUGGUAGAGGAUUCAGAGAAGCACAGCUGGCCGCUUGCUGUCCAUGUGACAGGACCUUUCCGACAGCCAGGAGAACGCGAUGCACACAGCGCUCGGCGUCGACUUUUCGCAGCGCAAGGGGCGAUGAACUUCUGCCUGCUCAUGUUUGGGACAGGCGAGUGAAGUUCUUUCCGGCCAACUGCAGCUGUGCGCUCCGCUGGGGACGACUCUACAAACAGCUGAUCUGCUACUUUCCUUGCUUCUGGUGUUGUCCGUCGUGGACACAAGUAACGCGGCAGCGUGCACUAAAGGCCAGUACCUAAGCAAUGUUACCCACACCUGUGUCCCUCUCAAAACCAUGUGCCCAGGGACAGAUGGAGUAAUGUACACCUGGAUGGCUCUUGCCGGCUUGCCGACUCAUCCGCACGUAGACGAGCCCAACCGCGCGAAGAAGACCGAUCUGAGUCAAGGCCAGCAGAUGUGCAGGCGUCGAGGAUACAACGUCAUCGAUUUCGGCCACUUCACCACACCAAAGCUUGGCGUGCGUGGCUGCAUGGAAGCAUUGCUCAAGGAAAUGAUGGGACACGGAUACAGCAACCCUAUUGGCGUGUGGACCAGUCUUGUGUACCAUAGAAAGCAUGUCAUUUACAGGCACAGCCAGAAUGACGAGAAAGAUGUAAAAUUUGAUACGAAUGGAACAAGCCAUCAUGACGUCAUCUGUGCAGCCCAAUGGCUUCACGCUAACGACUCUGUGUACGCCGCGGCAACACCAUCAUCGAGGAGUAUCGUAACGGAGCCUUUCGCCGAGGAAGCGUGUCUGCAGUAUGGACUUCGCCUCAUCAGCAUGGCCUGGCUGGAAGUACACGGCGAUGCACUGGUAGACCGCUGGCUAAAUACAUUAGCCCUGGAGAACAAACCCACGCACCAUCCCUACCACGUCAGAUCGGUCGAGAUAGACGGAGAGUUGGUUCACAAAACCGUAAAGUUUACUACGGAGGGUCUGUUGUAUGAUGAUGCCGAAAGCAAUCAGCGAGCCCAAAUCCUCUGUGUCAAGUCCUGUGGGAGCGGUGUUCUUGCGCCGAACACGAGUUGUAUGUGUAACCCCCACACGUCCUAUGGUGAACAGUGUGAAAAGGCAUGCACAUGCUUGAACCAGGGCCGGUGUGAUAGCGAGGGUAAAUGCAGCUGCCGAGAAGGAUUCACCGGAGACAAGUGCCAAUUCUCCUUGUGCGAAAGUAACUGGGUGAGAAAGAACUCAGAGUGUCAAUGCAAGGAAGGAGUGUUCGGAGAGCACUGCACAGAAGUAUGCCAUUGCUUGAAUAAUGGCCGGUGUGAACAGGACGGCACAUGCAGCUGCCGGAGAGGAUUCCACGGAGACCAAUGUCAAGACAAUCUUAAGACGAAAUGUCUGGGUACCAAUCAGGCAGUAUACACCUGGACAGCCCUCGCCGGUUUGCCCUGUCAUCCACACUUGGGCGAGAGCAACUGCCACGAGAAGACCAAUCUGGCACAUGCACGCCAGAUGUGCCAGAGAAGAGGGUACGACGUGCCGGAAUACACCGCCUUCCUCUCGAGCAAGCUCAACGUGCGUGGCUGCAUGGGAGGAUUGCUCGGGAGGAUGAUGGUCAGCAGCUACAGCAACCCCAUCACCAUCUGGACAUCGUACAUCGAGCAGCAUCAACAUCUUAUCUAUCUGCAGAACACAAACGGCUACACGCAAGCAAUACUUGAUCCUCAUGGAUCGCAGCAUCACCAUGUCGUCUGCGAAGCCAAAUGGCUUCAAGUGAAAAGUGCGACGUACGCAAUGGCACAGCCCGCCCAUCAGCUCACGGUCACAGUGGACUUUGCCGAGGAAGCCUGUCAGCAGUACGGACUGCAUCUGGUAACUGAGGACUGGGUUCAGAAGCACGGCCGUCGUGUACUGCCAAUGCGCUGGGCACUUCCGCUGUCUCUGGAGCCACACACUCCUUAUCACCUUGCACCGACACUGGUCAACGGACAGCAGCGUCACCGCACUGUUACAUUUGAAGAGGAUCAUAGCAAGCCAACAUUUGCACAUGGCCCGGGCGACGGCAAAGCGGCUAUCUUCUGUUUCCAUUACUGUGGUGGUGGUGAAAUUGAAGAGGACCUCAGUUGUACUUGUGACCGAUCCGUGUAUUAUGAUAAACAUUGUGAAAAACCGUGCAAGUGCUUGAACCAGGGUCAGUGCGACGACAAUGGUGCAUGCUCCUGCCCAGAAGGAUUCACCGGAGACUAUUGCCAGAAGCUAAUCAACGAGACGAACAUUGUCCCCUGCAAUCUACCUACGGUGCCCAUGAAUAUUCCAACGUACACACCAACCAUUACUGCCUCAGCCGAAACACCCACGGACGCCGCAACCACCACACCGGCCAAGGCCCCAACUCCAACCACCUCGGCCAGGUUCAUCUCUUACAGUCAUCCCCCGACUGCUACACCGGCUACCACAGUCACUCACCGAACACCCGACGAGGAGUCGGGCUCCACCAAUACAGGCUCUGGCGAUGACAGCCCAGUGCCCACGACCACCGCAACCAAAGCACACGAGACUACCUCGAAGAAUACUGCACCCACAGUGCACGCACUGACUACAUCUAGCAUAACACACACAAAUACCGCAACCACCGCAUCCUCCAAUACCACAACUACCUCAACCGAAACACCCACGGAUGCCGCAACCACCGCAUCCGCCACAACCACCAAAUCCAACACUGUCUUCACCAAAACGCCCACGGAUGCAGCAACCACUAUAUCUGCUGCUGCCACCACCACCACGCCCUACAAUACCUCAACACGAACUUCAUCAAAACACCCAGGAACCACUGAUGCUGCUACCACUGAUGCUGCUACCUCAGAUGCAGCAACCACUGAUGCUGCUACCACAGAUGCAGCAACCACUGAGGCAGCAACCACUUCUGUGCGAACCACUGCUGCAGCAACAACCACUUCUGCAGCAACCACUGAUGCUGCAACCACUGCUGGAGCAACCACUGAUGCAGCAACUACUGAUGCAGCAACCACUGAUGCAGCAUCCACUGAUGCAGCAACCACUGAUGCAGCAACCACUGAUGCAGCAACCACUGAUGCAGCAACCACUGAUGCAGCAACCACUGAUGCAGCAACCACUGAUGCAGCAACCACUGAUGCAGCAACCACUGAUGCAGCAACCACUGAUGCAGCAACCACUGAUGCAGCAACCACUGAUGCAGCAACCACUGAUGCAGCAACCACUGAUGCAGCAACCACUGAUGCAGCAACCACUGAUGCAGCAACCACUGAUGCAGCAACCACUGAUGCAGCAACCACUGAGGCAGCAACCACUGAGGCAGCAACCACUGAGGCAGCAACCACCAACGCAACAGUCACUGAGGCAGCAACCACCAACGCAACAGGCACUUAUUCAGCGACCACUAAGGGAGCAACCACUUCUGCAGCGACCACCCAUGCAGCAACCACUGAUACAGCAACAAUCCAGGCAGAAACCACCCAGGCAGCAACCACCAACGCAUCAACUACUGAUGCAGCAACCACUGAGGCAGCACCCACUGAGGCAGCAACCACUGAGGCAGCAACCACCAACACAACAACCGCUUAUGCAUCGACCACUAAGGGAGCAACCACUUCUGCAGCUACCACCCAUGCAGCAACCACUGAUACAGCAACAAUCCAGGCAGAAACCACCCAGGCAGCAACCACCAGCGCAACAACCACUUAUGCAACGACCACUAAGAAAGCAACCACUUCUGGGGCGACCACCCAUGCAGCAACCACUGACACAGCAACAAUCCAGGCAGAAACCACCCAGGCAGCAACCACCAACGCAUCAACUACUGAGGCAGCAACCACUGAGGUAGCAACCACCAAGGCAGCAACCACUGAUGCAGCAACCUCUGAUGCAGCAACCACUUCUGCGGCAACCACUGCUGGAGCAACCACUUCUGCAGCAACCACUGAUGCAGCAACCAAACCAACAAGGCCACAACCACCUACCACCAAGGCAGCAACCACCGAAGCAGCGACAACCAAGGCAGCGACCACCGAGGCAGCGACCACCGAGGCAGCAACCACCGAGGCAGCAACCACCGAGGUAGCAACCACCGAGGCAGCAACCACUGAUGCAGUAACCACUGAUGCAGCAACCUCUGAUGCAGCAACCUCUUCUGCGGCAACCACUGCUGGAGCAACCACUUCUGCAGCAACCACUGAUGCAGCUACCAAACCAACAAGGCCACAACCACCUACCACCAAGGCAGCAACCACCGAGGCAGCGACCACCGAGGCAGCGACCACCGAGGCAGCGACCACCGAGGCAGCAACCACCGAGGUAGCAACCACCGAGGCAGCAACCACUGAUGCAGUAACCACUGAUGCAGCAAACUCUUAUACAGCAACCACUUCUGCGGCAACCACUGCUGAAGCAACCACUUCUGCGGCAACCACUGCUGAAGCAACCACUGCUGAAGCAACCACUUCUGCAGCGACCACUGAUGCAGCAACCAAACCAACAAGGCCACAACCACCUACCACCAAGGCAGCAACCACCGAGGCAGCGACCACCGAGGCAGCGACCACCGAGGCAGCGACCACCGAGGCAGCAACCACCGAGGCAGCAACCACCGAGGCAGCAACCACCGAGGCAGCAACCACCGAGGCAGCAACUACUGCUGCAGCAACUACUGCUGCAGCAACCACUGAUGCAGCAACCACUGAUGCAGCAACCACUUCUGCGGCAACCACUGCUGGAGCAACCACUUCUGCAGCAACCACUGAUGCAGCAACCACUGAUGCAGCAACCAAACCAACAAGGCCACAACCACCUACCACCAAGGCAGCAACCACCGAGGCAGCGACAACCGAGGCAGCGACAACCAAGGCAGCAACCACCGAGGCAGCAACCACCGAGGUAGCAACCACCGAGGUAGCAACCACCAAGGCAGCAACCACUGAUGCAGGAACAUCUGAUGCAGCAACCACUUCUGCGGCAACCACUGCUGGAGCAACCACUUCUGCAGCAACCACUGAUGCAGCAACCAAACCAACAAGGCCGCAACCACCUACCACCAAGGCAGCAACCACCGAGGCAGCGACAACCGAGGCAGCGACCACCAAGGCAGCGACCACCGAGGCAGCAACCACCGAGGCAGCAACCACCGAGGUAGCAACCACCGAGGUAGCAACCACCGAGGUAGCAACCACCGAGGUAGCAACCACCGAGGUAGCAACCACCGAGGUAGCAACCACCGAGGUAGCAACCACCGAGGUAGCAACCACCGAGGCAGCAACCACCGAGGCAGCAACCACUGAUGCAGCAACCACUGAUGCAGCAACCACUUCUGCGGCAACCACUGCUGGAGCAACCACUUCUGCAGCAACCACUGAUGCAGCAACCAAACCAACAAGGCCACAACCACCUUCCACCAAGGCAGCAACCACCGAGGCAGCGACAACCAAGGCAGCGACCACCGAGGCUGCGACCACCGAGGCAGCAACCACCAAGGCAGUAACCACUAAUGCAGUAACCACUGAUGCAGCAACCUCUGAUGCAGCAUCCACUUCUGUGGCAACCACUGCUGGAGCAACCACUUCUGCAGCAACCACUGAUGCAGCAACCAAACCAACAAGGCCACAACCACCUACCACCAAGGCAGCAACCACCGAGGGAGCGACAACCGAGGCAGCGACCACCAAGGCAGCGACCACCGAAGCAGCAACCACCGAGGCAGCAACCACCGAGGCAGCAACCACCGAGGCAGCAACCACCGAGGCAGCAACCACCGAGGCAGCAACCACCGAGGCAGCAACCACCGAGGCAGCAACCACCGAGGCAGCAACCACCGAGGCAGCAACCACCGAGGCAGCAACCACCGAGGCAGCAACCACCGAGGCAGCAACCACCGAGGCAGCAACUACUGCUGCAGCAACCACUGCUGCAGCAACCACUGCUGCAGCAACCACUGCUGCAGCAACCACUGAUGCAGCAACCCCUGAUGCAACAACCACUGAAUCACCAACCACCAAGGCAGUAACCACCCAGGCAGAAACCACUAAUGCAACAACUACUGCAGCAGUAACCACUGAGGCAGCAACUACUGAUGCAGCAACCACUGAUGCAGUAGCCACUGAGGGAGCAACCACUUCUCCUGCAACCACCCUGGCAGCAACCACCGAAGCAGCAACCACCGAGGCAGCAACCACCGAGGCAGCAACCACUGAGGCGGCAACCACUGCACCCGCAUGCGAAUGCUUGAACCGUGCUCGAUGUAAUGAGAAUGCCACCUGCACGUGUCGGAAAGGAUUCUACGGCGACAAAUGCCAGUACUAUGUGAAGGAGGUCUGCAAUGGCAGAGAUCAUUACAGAUACUUCUACAUCCCGCUGACAGUAAUCUGCUCCGGCGGAUGCGAUAAGAGGGCAGGACUCCCGUACGGCCAUAGCCAGUGUCUGGAUAGGGGCUACGUGCUCGCCGACGAACGUGCCUUCAUGAACAAAGCGCUGGACAUUCAGGGCUGCUUCGAUGGCAUGCUGGUCGACAUGAUGCACCACGGCUACUCCACGCCAGUGAACAUCUGGACUCUGGGCUGGGCACGGCACUACAUCUACACGCACUCCCUGCUAGGCGGCCGAGCUAGCCACAGGCCCGCGGAUGCCAGCAAAGCCGACACUGUCUGUCAUGCCGCUUGGCGUUAUUCCAGAUCAGGACCCCUGGCAGUCGCAGCCCUCAUCAUGCAUCACUUCCAGCGUGAAACGUUGCCCACUGCCGAAGGUCUGUGUUACUGGUACGGCCUGCACAUCCCGACGAAAACGUUCCUCUUGAAGCACGAGGCCGAACUGAGACCACUCUUUGCGAGAACCGAAAUGCGCAGAUUCCCCGGCCCCUACUACGCAACAAGUCAUGCUGCUCAGCCUAACCAGCCGCGUGUACAGAACAAGGUUACCUUCGACGUUAGCACACUCGCGCCGAAGAUCGAGGAUGACUCACAGCAUCCCGGGUACAGUGCCGUUCUCUGCGUCAAGCACUGUGGGAACGGCAUUGUGGAAGACGACAAGGACAACACGUGUAUCUGCGACUGGGGAUGGACUGGCCCUACCUGCGAAGAACAAACCGCCGUCCGCAAGGAAUUUAACAUCACGAAGAAUGGCAAGAAGAUCGUAACAGAUGUCGAGGUCCAUGCAUGUAACGGCUGGGUGUACUUCGACGCGGAGAAACAUGCUGUCAAUAACUGCACUCGUGAGUCGCAGCAUUUCGAUUACUCCGGACCUUUCAGCAUGGAGAUUUACGAGAGCUACCCCAUAGUUCGCGUAGCCGUCGACAAACUCCUGCGCGUAGCUGGUACGAACAAGCUCAUUAUCUACGUCAAUGGGCUCGACGGAUAUGGUCAGAUUUCUAACCAUUACCGCACGUUUACCUACCACAACAAAACCGACAGAUGGACCAACCGCAUCAACCUUCAAGCCACCAGAGGUCUCGUUGUUUGCACAACUGAGGUACUCACCUCGUAUUCGGAUUCGACACACACCUGUGACGGCGAGCAGUUCUUCGUCUCAGCCGACAACUACGACUACAAGAGUGCCUUGAACCUGUGCAAAAAACAACACAAGGUCAUGCUCACCUUCAACUCGAUGCGUGCGCUGAUGGAGGGCAACGGUUGCUUCAGUCUGGACAUUGUGGAAAAUCUCAAGGCUAAGGGACACGGUGACUUCUGGAUUUCCAAGUUUGGCGACUACAACAAGUAUGAGGUGUACGAGCCCACACAGGCCACGCUCCUUCAAGACAAGUCCGGCGAGCAUGCAGUCAUUUGCACACGACCCAACAUGGACCCGUGUGGAUCUGACGAUGGAUUCAGUCCUUGUGGUAGCCACAGGAUUUGUCGUUCGAACCUUACCUCCUACAGGUGCCACGCUACAAGUGCCACCGUGGACGUAGUCAAGCCCGAGCAUGGAGGAGGUCUCGUGAAAUACACGAUUGGCUACGAAUUGGCCGGUGGCGAAAUCAGCUACACCGAUGCAAAGCAUGCAUUCGCAAAGUGCAAGAAAGGCAACAAAGAUGCCCACUCCGAUCCGUUCCGAAUGGAAGAGUACACCAAUACGCCGGCCGUCUUCAACACUGUUAACACUCUCCUCAGUAGAAUGGCUGCCAGUAUCCCAGUGUAUGUACGCAGCAUGGACAACCCAUCAUUGAUAUUGCAAGGCUCCGACGGAGCGAGCGGUGUACAACAAGGAGAGUUCCGAACCUUCUAUUUGGCCCGACACCCGACCAACUCGCUCAGCAGCCCUGUGCCAAGGACUGGCGUUUCCAUCUGCACUUGGAUUGUCAAACAUCAACCCAAAAGAACCACGGUACGAGAGGAAUACAUGACCACUGUUGGCGGCGAGAAGCGCACAGCGGAAGUCUGGUUCAAUGUCACCCACGGCUGGUUCCACUCGGACACCAAGGUGAACGCGGAGAGGAGCUGCCGGCGGACGCACGGUUUCGAUUACGCCGGACCGUUCAACAUGGGCAUUUACGAGAGCGUUCCCAGAGUUCGUAAAGCCGUGGACCAGCUCCUUCUGCUAGGUGAUGCCGCCCAGCUCACCAUUUAUGUCCAAAAUAAUUCUACUCGCCAUUUCCGCACGUUCACGUACCACAAAAACAGCCACCACUGGACUAGCGCCGUCAAUCAUGCUGCCACAACAGGCCUGGUUGUUUGCACCACUCAGACACACCGCAAGUUCGUUCCCACUUUAACGCACACCUGCGGUGAUGAAGAGUUCUUCAUAUCGGCCACCCGUCACACCUAUGACAGCGCCCAUGCUCUGUGCAGACAGCAGAAAAAGACCAUGCUUACCUUCAACUCUAUGCGCGUCCUGAACCGGACCGACUCCUGUUUCCGCAACCAAAUCCUGAAGGCUAUUGAGAGGAAGGGCGCAGACAACUUCUGGAUCACAAAGGUCGGCAUCUACGAUAAUCAAGAGGUGUACGUUCCCAGCGAGGACACGGUACUCUAUGAAGAUGAUAGCACCGGUGAACAUGCAGUUAUUUGCACUAGACAGGACUUGGAUUCAUGCCGAUCGUCUGUUCUUGGAUACGAGCCGUGUAAGAACGGACAGCUCUGCCGCUCCACAACCCUCAAGACCCACAAAUGCUACGACACACAUGUUUCCGUGGAUGUAGUAAAGCGGACGCCUGGCAAAGCACCUGUCGAGUACACGGUUGCCUACGAACUGGACCACAGGAACGUGAACUACGACGACGCAGACUACGCUAACUCCAAGUGCAGAUCCGGCCCGCACCAUGCCCACUCGGACCCGUUCCGAAUGGAGGAGUACACCAAGUUUCCCUCCGUCUCCAACGCCGUCAACAAGCUCUUCAAGGCGAUCGACGUCGGCGUUCCAGUGUUUGUGCACGACCACAAGUUGCCUGGCCCAUCGCACGGUGAAUUCCAUACCUUCAACUACGGCCCACAAUCCACUACCAACUCGCUCACCAAGCCCACACCAAGGGCAGGCGUUGUCAUCUGCACUUCGGUCAUUCGGAAGGUCUAAUUCAUGCUCGGUUGUUUCUUCGUUUCCACCCUCCAACGUCCUUUUAAAAUCCUGCAUCACGGUCAUUUUGCCAAGUUUCCCACAAGGAAUCUAAAUGGCCAGGCCUGUUUGACUUUUAUUUACCAAUGAUAACUGUUUGGCUGUCAAUGGAGUACAAAAAGUAGAUGCGCACAGCCCAGGUCUGUUUCAUGCCUGCAAGCUGUUUCCCCAUAAUGUAGGAAUUAAAUUCUAUUCUUUUUUUCCGUUUUCCUUAAUUCUUUGCAUUUUACUUGCUCCUUACUGGCUACUAUCAGCCGGAAAAUCUCUCUACUACAAUUUUCAAACAAUAGUGCUGCUGUUUUUUUUAAGAUCUGGCUAGCUUCAUGACUGGCGAAGCUUGCACUUCCAUGGAUUUACUUAUUUUUGUGUGCACGGCAUUUGUGUCUGUUCAAGAACACCCUAUUCUGUUCUGGUAACACGAAGCACGUGUCUUGUUUACCUGCGGCGACACCACACUAUGGCGUUCUACGCAUUGUCCUGUUUGACAUCAUUUCCUGCUUUUAACUAAUGCACGACCUUAUGUCUUGCAUUGCCUUGUAUUUCCUACUUCUUCAAAGUUAACCCUACCGAGCACCUCUGCGAUAAUCUCCCACUCGUGUACCCAGUGUGCAUAACAUGCUUUUUUCUUUAUUUGCGCCUAGUACUGUACCUUGAUUGGACUUCGCCCAGAA